GGGGGCGCGCGUGCGCUGUCCGGGGGGGGGGGGCGUUGUGGGUUGCCUCGGCGGCGCGCGGCACGGCGGGAACAUGGCGCGCGGGAGCGGUGCGCGCGCCUAGCUGGCGGGACCGUUAGCUCGAGGCGGACGCGGCCCGGGUCCCGCGGGGAUGGAGCAGCCGCUGCCCCCAGCGUCCGAACCGACCCCAGCGUCGACCCCGGCCCGGAGCCGCAGGCGGCGGGAGCCCGAGUCUCCGCCGGCGCCAGCGCCGAUUUCUCUUUUUGGUGCUAAGACUAUUGGCCGGAGAAGUCCUGAUGAACCAGUACUGAGCAAAGCUGAAUUUGUUGAGAAAGUUCGUCAGAGUAACCAGGCUUGUCACGAUGGCGAUUUCCACACAGCUAUUGUCCUGUACAAUGAAGCCCUGGCUGUUGACCCUCAGAACUGCAUUUUAUACAGCAAUAGAUCUGCAGCCUACAUGAAAAUCCAGCAGUAUGACAAGGCACUGGAUGACGCAAUCAAAGCCCGGCUUCUCAAUCCCAAAUGGCCAAAGGCAUACUUCCGACAGGGUGUUGCCCUCCAGUACCUUGGACGUCAUGCCGAUGCCCUGGCAGCCUUCGCAUCUGGACUGGCUCAAGACCCCAAGAGCCUCCAGCUUCUGGUGGGGAUGGUAGAAGCCGCCAUGAAAUCUCCCAUGAGAGACUCCCUGGAACCCACUUAUCAGCAACUUCAGAAAAUGAAACUGGACAAGAGUCCCUUUGUGGUCGUGUCUGUGGUUGGGCAGGAGCUCCUGACGGCCGGCCACCAUGGGGCCUCUGUGGUUGUCCUAGAAGCCGCUCUGAAGAUUGGCACCUGCAGCCUCAAGCUGAGGGGCUCCGUUUUCUCUGCCCUGAGCAGCGCGUACUGGUCUCUCGGGAACACAGAGAAGAGCACUGGAUACAUGCAGCAGGACUUGGACGUAGCCAAGACCUUAGGUGACCAGACAGGAGAAUGCCGGGCUCAUGGGAACCUGGGCUCUGCAUUCUUCUCCAAAGGAAACUACCGGGAGGCUCUCACCAGCCACCGGCAUCAGCUGGUGCUCGCCAUGAAACUCAAGGAUCGGGAGGCAGCUUCGUCAGCCCUGAGCAGUCUGGGCCACGUGUACACAGCCAUCGGAGACUACCCCAAUGCACUGGCCAGUCACAAACAGUGUGUUCUUCUCGCCAAGCAGUCCAAAGACGAGCUUUCCGAAGCCCGAGAACUUGGCAACAUGGGAGCUGUGUAUAUUGCCAUGGGCGACUUUGAGAACGCCGUGCAGUGCCACGAGCAGCACCUGAAGAUAGCCAAGGAGCUGGGGAACAAGCGGGAAGAGGCCCGGGCCUACAGCAAUCUGGGCAGCGCCUACCAUUACCGMAGGAACUUCGACAAGGCCAUGUCCUACCACAACUACGUGCUGGAGCUGGCGCAGGAGCUGAUGGAGAAGGCCAUCGAGAUGCGGGCCUACGCAGGCCUGGGCCACGCCGCCAGGUGCAUGCAGGAUUUGGAAAGAGCGAAACAGUACCACGAGCAGCAGCUGGGCAUAGCUGAGGACCUCAAGGAUCGGGCAGCAGAGGGGCGCGCCUCCUCCAAUCUGGGAAUCAUCCACCAGAUGAAAGGCGACUACGACACUGCGCUGAAGCUGCACAAGACGCACCUGUGCAUCGCCCAGGAGCUGAGCGAUUACGCUGCCCAGGGCCGCGCCUACGGAAACAUGGGCAACGCCUACAACGCCCUGGGCCUGUACGACCAGGCGGUCAAGUACCACCGGCAGGAGCUGCAGAUCUCCAUGGAAGUGAACGACCGCGCCUCCCAGGCGUCCACGCACGGGAACCUCGCUGUGGCCUACCAGGCCCUGGGCGCCCACGACCGGGCUCUGCAGCACUAUCAGAACCACCUGAACAUCGCCAGGGAGCUGAGGGACAUCCAGAGCGAGGCCCGGGCCCUCAGCAACCUGGGGAACUUCCACUGCUCCCGGGGAGAGUAUGUCCAGGCUGCCCCCUAUUACGAACAGUACCUGCGGCUCGCUCCUGACCUCCAGGACAUGGAGGGAGAAGGGAAGGUCUGCCACAAUCUUGGCUAUGCCCAUUACUGCCUUGGCAAUUACCAGGAGGCGGUGAAGUACUAUGAGCAGGACCUGGCAUUGGCCAAAGACCUUCAUGACAAGUUGAGCCAGGCGAAAGCCUACUGCAACCUGGGCCUCGCAUUCAAGGCACUGCUGAAUUUCAGCAAAGCUGAAGAGUGUCAGAAGUACCUGCUGUCCUUAGCCCAGUCCCUGAAYAAUUCCCAGGCUAAAUUCCGGGCCCUAGGGAACCUGGGCGAUAUAUUCAUCUGUAAAAAAGAUAUAAAUGGUGCAAUAAAAUUCUACGAGCAGCAGCUGGGCUUAGCCCAUCACGUAAAGGACCGAAGGCUGGAGGCCAGUGCAUACGCAGCCCUGGGCACUGCGUACCGGAUGAUCCAGAAGUAUGACAAGGCCCUGGGCUAUCACACACAGGAGCUCGAGGUGUACCAGGAGCUCAGCGACCUGCCAGGGGAGUGCAGAGCCCACGGGCACCUGGCUGCUGUCUACAUGGCCCUUGGCAAGUACACGAUGGCCUUCAAGUGUUACGAGGAGCAGCUGGAUCUGGGGCAGAAGCUGAAGGACCCAAGCCUAGAGGCCCAGGUCUAUGGCAACAUGGGCAUCACGAAGAUGAACAUGAACGUGAUGGAGGAAGCCAUCGGCUACUUUGAGCAGCAGUUGGCCAUGCUGCAGCAGCUCAGCGGCAACGAGUCUGUGCUCGACAGGGGCCGCGCCUAUGGCAACCUGGGGGAUUGCUACGAGGCCCUGGGUGACUACGAGGAAGCCAUCAAGUACUACGAGCAGUAUUUAUCUGUGGCCCAGAGUCUGAAUCGAAUGCAAGACCAAGCCAAGGCUUACCGGGGGCUAGGAAACGGACACAGGGCCAUGGGGAGCCUGCAGCAAGCCCUUGUGUGCUUCGAAAAGAGGCUGGUGGUGGCCCACGAGCUCGGGGAGGCCUCCAACAAAGCCCAGGCCUACGGCGAGCUGGGGAGUCUGCACAGCCAGCUGGGGAACUACGAGCAGGCCAUUUCCUGCCUCGAGCGCCAGCUCAGCAUCGCUCGGGAGAUGAAGGACCGAGCCCUGGAGAGUGACGCGGCCUGUGGCCUGGGGGGCGUCUACCAGCAGAUGGGCGAGUACGACACGGCCCUGCAGUACCACCAGCUCGAUCUGCAGAUCGCCGAGGAAACCAAUAACCCCACGUGCCAGGGCCGAGCCUACGGGAACCUGGGCCUGACGUACGAGUCCYUGGGCACCUUCGAGAGGGCUGUGGUCUACCAAGAGCAGCACUUGAGCAUCGCUGCACAGAUGAAUGACCUGGUGGCCAAGACGGUGUCCUACAGUAGCCUCGGAAGGACCCACCAUGCCUUGCAGAACUACUCCCAGGCCGUCAUGUACUUACAGGAAGGUUUAAGGUUAGCUGAGCAACUGGGCCGAAGAGAAGAUGAGGCAAAAAUUCGCCAUGGUCUAGGCCUCUCCCUUUGGGCUAGUGGAAACCUGGAGGAGGCCCAACACCAGCUCUACAGGGCGUCRGCCUUGUUCGAGACCAUCCGGCACGAGGCGCAGCUGAGCACCGACUGCAGACUCUCGCUCUUCGACCUACAGACGUCGUCCUACCAGGCCUUGCAGCGGGUGCUCGUCAGCCUUGGCCACCACGAUGAAGCCCUGGCGGUAGCAGAAAGAGGUCGGACAAGGGCAUUUGCUGAUCUUCUGGUGGAGCGACAGACAGGACAGCAGGACUCGGACCCCUACUCCCCAGUCACCAUCGACCAGAUCCUGGAGAUGGUCAACAGCCAGAGGGGACUGGUGCUCUACUACUCGCUGGCGGCCGGCUACCUGUACAGCUGGCUGCUGGCUCCAGGGGCAGGAAUUCUGAAGUUCCAUGAGCACUACCUGGGUGACAGCACCGUGGAAAACUCCAGUGACUUUCAGGCCAGCAGCAGUGCAGCUCUCCCAACGGCAGCCAGCUCCGCCCUGGAGCAGCACAUCGCCAGCGUCCGCGAGGCCCUGGGGGUGGAGUCUUACUACUCGAGGGCCUGUGCCAGCAGCGAGACGGAGAGCGAAGCUGGAGACCUCAUGGACCAGCAGUUCGAGGAGAUGAACAACAAGCUCAACUCGGUCACCGACCCCACCGGCUUCCUGCGGAUGGUCCGCCGCAAUAACCUGGUAAACAGGAGCUGCCAGAGCAUGACGAGCCUGUUCAGUAGCACCGUGUYGCCCAUCAAGGACGGGACCUCCUCUCUCCCCAGGAGGCAGAGCUCCUUCUCCAAGCCCCCGCUGCGCGCCCUCUACGACCUGCUCAUCGCGCCCAUGGAAGGGGGCCUGAUGCACUCCAGCGGCCCCGUGGGCCGGCACCGGCAGCUGGUCCUGGUCCUGGAGGGGGAGCUCUACCUCAUCCCCUUCGCCCUGCUCAAGGGCAGCUCCUCCAACGAGUACCUGUACGAGCGCUUCGCCCUCAUCGCUGUGCCCGCCAUCCGCUCGCUCGGCCCGCACGCCAAGUCCCACCUGAGGAAGACCCCACCUGCAUACCCCAGCUCGGCGUCCAUGGCAGCUGUCAUCGGCAACCCCAAGCUCCCGUCGGCAGUGAUGGACAGGUGGCUGUGGGGCCCCAUGCCGUCGGCCGAGGAGGAAGCACACAUGGUGUCUGAGCUGCUGGGCUGCCAGCCCCUGGUGGGCAGCGUGGCCACCAAGGAGCGGGUCAUGAGCGCCCUGACCCAGGCCGAGUGCGUCCACUUCGCCACCCACAUCUCAUGGAAACUGUCGGCCCUGGUCCUCACGCCCAGCGUGGACGGCAACCCUGCUGGCAGCAAGAGCUCCUUCGGCCACCCCUACACGAUCCCCGAGUCCCUGCGGGUGCAGGACGACGCCAGCGACGGGGAGAGCAUCUCAGACUGCCCACCCCUGCGGGAGCUGCUGCUCACAGCCGCCGACCUGCUGGACCUGCGGCUGCCCGUGAAGCUGGUGGUGCUCGGCUCUUCGCAGGAGGCCAGCGGCAGGGUCACGGCCGAUGGCGUGGUGGCGCUGACGCGGGCCUUCCUGGCCGCCGGCGCGCAGUGUGUGCUGGUGGCUCUGUGGCCGGUGCCCGUGGCCGCUUCCAAGAUGUUCGUCCACGCCUUCUACUCGUCCCUGCUCAACGGGCUCAAGGCCAGCGCCGCCUUGGGGGAGGCCAUGAAGGCCGUGCAGAGCAGCAAGGCCUUCGCGCACCCCUCCAACUGGGCAGGGUUCCUGCUCAUCGGGAGCGACGUCAAGCUCAACAGCCCCUCCUCGCUCGUCGGCCAGGCCCUCACGGAGAUCCUGCAGCACCCGGAGCGCGCACGGGACGCCCUUCGAGUGCUGCUGCACCUGGUGGAGAAGUCCCUGCAGCGCAUCCAGAACGGUCAGCGCAACGCYAUGUACACCUCGCAGCAGAGCGUGGAGAACAAAGUGGGCGGCAUCCCGGGCUGGCAGGCCCUCCUCACCGCCGUGGGCUUUCGGCUGGACCCUCCAGCCAGUGGCCUCCCGGCGGCYGUCUUCUUCCCCACCUCCGACCCCGGGGACCGGCUCCAGCAGUGCAGCAGCACCCUCCAGUCCCUGCUGGGUCUGCCCAACCCCGCCCUCCAGGCCCUCUGCAAGCUCAUCACUGCCUCAGAGACCGGGGAGCAGCUCAUCAGCCGGGCUGUUAAAAAUAUGGUGGGAAUGCUCCACCAGGUGCUGGUGCAGCUCCAGGCUGGUGAGAAGGAGCAGGACUUCGCCUCAGUCCCCAUCCAGGUGUCCAUCAGUGUCCAGCUGUGGCGGCUCCCGGGAUGCCACGAGUUCCUGGCCGCGCUCGGGUUCGACCURUGUGAGGUGGGGCAGGAGGAGGUCAUCCUGAAGACCGGGAAGCAGGCCAGCCGGCGCACCGUGCACUUCGCCCUGCAGUCGCUGCUGGCUCUCUUUGAUUCCACCGAGCUCCCCAAGCGCCUCAGCCUCGACAGUUCGUCCUCCCUGGAGUCCCUGGCCUCUGCUCAAUCCGUCUCCAACACCCUGCCCUUGGGCUGCCAGCACCCGCCCUUCUCCCCGACAGGGGCGGACAGCCUGGCCUCGGACGCCAUCUCCGUGUACAGCCUGAGCUCCAUCGCCUCCUCCAUGAGCUUCGUCUCCAGGCCGGAGUGUGGCCCGGAGGGCGGAGGCCCCAGGGGACGGCAGGACUUCGACAAGCCCAAGAACACUUAUGUGCAGCGAGCCACCACCCUGCCRCGGAGCCCGCUGUCCCCCCAGGCCCGGGGGGCGGGCAGCAAGGACGAGGAGGAGUACGAGGGCUUCUCCAUCGUCAGCACCGAGCCCCUGGCCGCCCACCCCGAGGGCAGGGAGGCGCGCUUCUCCCCGGACCCCAAGCAGGCCCGCGGGGGCGCCGCCRUGGGCGCCAAGAUAUCGGUCAGCUCCAAGGGCAGCGUGAGCACCCCCAACUCCCCGGCCAAGAUGACUCUGAUCCCCAGCCCCAACUCGCCCUUCCAGAAGGUGGGCAAGCUGGCGAGCUCCGACACGGGCGAGUCGGACCAGUCCAGCACGGAGACGGACAGCACCGUCAAGUCCCAGGAGGACGGCAGCCCCAAGCUGGACCCCCAGGAGCUGGCCCAGAAGAUUCUGGAAGAGACGCAGAGUCACCUCCUGGCGGUGGAGCGGCUCCAGAGGAGCGGCGGUCAGGGCGGCCCCGGGAGCCCCCGCGAGGACGGCGCCCCGGUGCCCCCCAGCGCCCCGGUCUUCAGAGCCUCGGAAACCAGCGCCUUCAGCAGGCCCGUCCUCUCCCACCAGAAGAGCCAGCCGUCGCCCGUCGCCACCAAACCAAAGCCCCCGGCCCGGAGCUCGUCCCUGCCCAAGGUGAGCUCCGGGUACAGCAGCCCCGCGUCCCCGAGCCAGCACAGCGGCCGCCCGUCCCCCUGCGACUCCCAGGCCUCCCUGUCGGACCAGCCGCUCUUCAAACUCAAGUACCCCAGCUCCCCCUACAGCGCCCACAUCUCCAGGUCGCCGCGGACCCUGUCCCCCAGCUCGGGUCACCAGUCCCCGGCGGGCAGCGCGCCCUCGCCCGCGCUCUCCUACUCCUCGGCCGGCUCCGCGCGCUCCAGCCCCGCCGACGCCCCCGACCUGGACAAGCUGAAGCUGGCGGCCAUCGACGAAAAGGUGCAGGCCGUGCACAACCUGAAGAUGCUGUGGCAGAGCGCGCCCCAGCCCCCCUCGGGGCCCGUGAGGGUGCUGCGAGGGCCCCCGGGAACCGCCACCUCCAAGAGAGACGUGCUCAGCCUGCUAAACUUGUCGCCUCGGCACAACAAGAAGGAGGAGGGGGUUGACAAGCUGGAACUGCAGGAGCUGUCCCUGCAACCGCGGGACGAGGCGCCCCCCAGGGCCCCCCCCAAUGGCCACUGGCGCCCCGAGACCACCACGCUGGGCCCCGCCGCCCCCGCUCGCCCCCUGAGACUUCCUUCAGCAAACGGCUACAAGUUCCUGUCCCCAGGAAGGUUUUUUCCUUCUUCCAAAUGCUGAAGCUUCCCUCUUUCCGCCCACGACUCUGAGAGCAGC